UUAUGAACUAUCAAGGAGAAAUUCUCGAAUCUCCAUAUAGCCACGCCUUCUGGUCAUAGUACUUCUAUCAAAGUUCCUCACUGAAUGCCUUGGGCGACAAGCUGAUUGAGAAUGUCUCUCAAGCGUAAAUUCUCGGUUUCAUGCCUACAGGAGUUGCCAAACAAGGUUCAAAAGUCUCUGGAGGACACUCAGGCUCGUUAUGGCGCGUUAGAGGAAGGCUCAAUGCUACAAACAGACGAGUAUGCCUCCAAGAACAAGCUGAUACAUGAUCCAGACCAGCCAGAUACCCUCAAAGAGGCGCUUGAAACCGCUACGAUGGAGCAGAAUUUGCAACCAGAAGAGGAGGUUCCCAUGAAUCCGAAACGUCUUGACCCGAAAGUAGCCGAGAUGGCCGAACGAUGGGAAGAAUUGGUCUUCAUCGUCUUUGCAAAAGAGAACUUCCGACAGAAUUUGUCCGCACCAGAAGGUCAUUCUACAACCUCUGGUCCGCUCACGAAUACGGAGCUUCGAAUUGCAUACUGCAACAAGUUUAACAAGGAAGUAGGUGCCGAAGCUGCCUUGAAGAGGUACAGGAACGGCAAACAGAAGGUGUACAACGCCUAUCCCAAGCAUCCGCGCAACAUUAUGUACGCACCGAAGCAGAACAAGUCUAAGCGUCCUAGGCCCGGAAAGGUAAUCAAAUCCUUCACUGGGAACAAGGGAGUGGUCAACAGUCCUGUCACCGACAUAGGUAUUGAACCCGCCGGUGUUGAGCAGUACACGGAACGCGACAAGACCAAUACUAAUGAGGUCAAAGCUACACAGAACGCCGGCAGUAAUCUAAUAUCUCGAGAGGAACGAGACAAGAUUGAAGUGGGGGAGUUGCGUCAAUACGUGGAAAGCAGUUGGGCUGUCCCAGAGCAUGAACAUCAGCCAUGGGUAAGGAUUUUGCUCGCGAAUAGCUGCGAGCGUUUCGUGGGCGCUUGUUCCAUUGGUGCAGAAGAACUAAAGUCUUCGCUAGCAUACGUCGAACAUCGUCAGCAUACGAAUGUCCAGGAGCUCUGGUUGACUGGCGUGGCACACAUCACGCUACAACGCUAUAUCCAGUGCCUUUCCCCACUGCGCCUCUCUAAGCUCCCACAAUGGGAUCUUACACUGACACCCCAAGGCUCUGACCCUAGUGCCGCUGUCGCGAGCUGCAAGCGUAUCAUUUGGGAUUUCGAAGCUACACUCGAUAUCUACGAGCUCGCAACGCAGCUGCGUGAUUGCCACGUGCGGAAUCUUGUCAUGGAUCAUUGGCGAGAGCAAAUGCAAGUGAAUAGUACUUACGAAGUGGGCCUCACCGAGAUGCAGCUAUUGUAUGAUCGCCUCUCGAUGGACGAACCUGCGCUUCAAUUUUGGACUCAGGCCCUCCAGGAAUUACUGCCAACAGAAGACACCAAUAUGGAUAUCGAUUUUGUUGAUAAUCCAUCGUCCACCUCUUUCGUGGUCUCAAACCGGCGCAAGGCUGAGAGUGAUGAACUAUUUCAUUAUAAGUAUCAUCGAUGUCGCCUUUCUGACCAUAACAAUGAGGCGUCGUAUUCGUUCGAUCACUUCUACCAGAUCGCACGACGCCUGCUUUUGUCUGAGGGCUGGCAAGAGACUGACCCGCAACUACAUAUUGUAGAGAAAAAGCUUGAGCUGGAGUUGUUUGACAUGUGCUCUUACUUGUAGCGUGGUUCUACCCAUAUCUGUGGCACCUAGGUAUUCUCCAUGUUAAUGUAAAGUGUGACUAUGGUGAGGACCUUCGCACUUUGGGAUUCUUGCGCAAAAACCGUAGAGCU